GGUUGCCUGUGGCACUUGGUAACAUACGUACGUGACGUCACGGCCGCCAACAAACUCAUUAUUUUAUCCGCCAAUAUAAUUGUUUAGUUAACCUCUACUGUGUAGUACUCUACAUGGUCACAUCCUGACCUGAACUGAAGAAAUCAUUUUAAUUUCUUAUUUUAAUUUCGCCAUGAGUAACGUGGACAAUUCUGAGUGGUACGCGUUGGUGAAAUAUAAAACUGGAAAUGAAACGGAAAUAGUGCCCGUGAAUAACAUUAAAGUGAAACUUGAGAAAGGUGAACGAGAACCAUUUAAUCCCAAGUCUUUAACGGAUUUUAAUAAAAGUAAAUUCUACACCGUUAGCAUUACACAUGGCAGCAACGAUGGAAAAGAGCACAAAUGGUAUGUUCUAAUCGGUUUGCUUACGGGUAUGUAAUAUUCUCUCAAACCUAAUCCAGACAGCACAAUAUACUAAAAGACAACGAAAAGAUAUCUUUUUUAAGUCGACAAAGCGAAAAAACGUCUAAAAGACGAAAAG